UCCCGGCCCGCUCCGGUGGCUGUCCGGCUCGAGCCUGCAGGUGCAUUUAUCCAUCUUUCUAUGAAAAGAUUAAAAUGGCUUCUAGAGGAAAGACAGAGACAAGUAAAUUAAAACAGAACUUAGAAGAACAGUUGGACAGACUAAUGCAACAGUUGCAAGAUCUGGAAGAAUGCAGAGAAGAACUUGAAGCAGAUGAAUAUGACGAAACUAAAAAAGAAACUUUGGAACAGCUAAGUGAAUUCAAUGAUUCGCUGAAGAAAAUUAUGUCUGGAAACAUGACUUUGGUAGAUGAACUAAGUGGGAUGCAACUGGCCAUCCAGGCAGCCAUCAGCCAGGCCUUUAAAACGCCUGAGGUUAUCAGAUUAUUUGCAAAGAAACAGCCAGGGCAGCUUCGGACAAGAUUAGCAGAGAUGGACAGAGACCUGAUGGUUGGAAAACUGGAAAGAGAUAUAUACACCCAACAGAAGCUGGAGAUACUGACUGCCUUGCGGAAACUUGGAGAAAAGCUGACUGCUGAUGAUGAGGCCUUCCUGUCCACAAAUGCAGGUGCUGCCCUCAGCCAGUUUGAAAAAGUCUCCACUGACCUUGGGUCUGGGGACAAAGUCCUCGCUUUGGCAAGUUUUGAAGUAGAAAAGGCGAAAAAAUGAUGAGGAGCUAUGUAGAAUCCCUGGGCGCUGGUCACAGUACAAAUGGCACGUUUCUGUUUUCUUCUGCGGAUCUAAAGUCAUCUCUGAGAACUCUAGAAAGCCUGAAAUGACAUUACCAACAUGAGAAAGGCAUAAUGGAGGUGUCCUCUGGCUCUGGCCAGUAAUUCACUAUAUAGUGUAUGGGUUGGGGGAGAGAGAUGUGUAGUAUGCAUGGAUAGAUGGAUGAAUGGUCUCAUUAAAAAACACACCGGAAUCUUACCUUAGAAGGAUCUCUGUGGAAGGGAACAGAGAAGAGGGAAGAGGGAGAGUCUUCUCCUUUAGAUUGAAUUUCUCUGAACAUCUCCAUUCAGGUUCCUUGUUUGCUUAUGCCGAUGGGGAAUGGAGAAAAGUAGGAACCAGCGCUUGUUUCUCACUGGCAGCUAUCCUCUUCCUAUGCUGAAUUGGCUUACUGCUCUUUCCACAUCCUUAGGGCCUCUUAGGUCUUCCCAGCUCAAGAAACCUCAGUGAUCUUGCCAGCCCUAUUUCAUAUAAAGAAAAUUGAGCUCUAAGGGAAUAAAAUGAUCCGUUCAAAAUUAGUGGUAAAGUCAGGAUUAGAACCCAGAUCUCCAAACUCGCAGUUUCUCUCUUCCUACUACACCAUGCUGCCUUCAGUCCCCCCUGAGAGUGAUAUCUUUUUAGAAUCUUACUUACUCUAUUCCGUUAAGAAAGGUAUUUGUGGAAGUCUGGGUUUUUGGAAAAUUAUAUCCCAGCAAAAACAGAACAUCCCAGCAGCCUGUCUGCUCUCUGUAUGAAUGGGAACCAUUGUAGCUCUGAAUUUUGAGCAGGGAACAAUGGGGGCCCUGUUGGUGGGAGCCUCCUGGAGUUCCCGAACGUCCUGCAUUGUCUCGCCAAGGAAUCAGUGGGAAGUGGCAUCAAGAGGCCUGCCCUGUGUGACCUGUGGCUGUAACCCUGGGCUCAUCCACAGGGAGCUGCCACACUGCACAGAUUCCCAUCUUGCCCUGUUGUGCAUGCCCAGCUCUUUCUCAUUUUUUGGUCUGUUUCUAUUCUUGAUUCUCUCUCUUUUCCCUACUUAGUAUUUUUUGCACAUUCAAAUACCUAUGGAGCUUUCUAUGGUCUUUAAGCUGCUCCUGUUCAUGGAUGGAAAUUCUGUCUUAGGUAGAAAUUCUGUCUUAUUUAGAACCAGUCAUCAGAAUCCUUAUUUUCUGGGGUUAGAGGUUGGUGGCUCCCAGCCCCACUUGGCUCGUGUUUUCCUUCAUGGACAUCCCCUACCCCUUUCCUUCACCCCCCAAAAGGCUAUGGUAAGCCGAGUAGAAACACCCAGCCUGGCUUGUUAAUUGGUACCUCUGUGCUGAUCACUGUCUGCUUUUGGGAUCAUUCCUCAACAGCAAGAUUUUUAAGCUGUUAUCACAGCCAAGAAAAUGAGGAACAGAUUCCAUCCAAAUCCCUUGAGGGUCAGUGGGGAUCUGGGACCUCCCAGAUUUUUUCAGAUCAAUUUAUGACCUUCUGAGACAUAAUUUGGUUUUAAAUAUUCAGCUCUCAGACCUGAUUGUGGUGUGUG